GAAAGAUUGGAAAUUGUGGAUAUCUAUACACGAAUUAAGCAUACUCAAUAAACAUGGAAAAAUGGGAAGAAUUUAUUCUGUUAUAUCGUUUGCUAUUAUUUCUUGUUAAUUGCAUUAGAAAUGAUUGGCAAUUAUGGGAAUCUUCAAAUGAAUUAAAAAUACUUCGUAAUCAUGCAGAAAUUGGAAGAAAAUACACAAUUAUAUAUUUUCGAUAUAUUUUUGGUGCCGUUAUUGUAUUUAUAGUAUCAACAUUUGUACCAUGUUUACUUGAUGUUGUUAUACCAUUAAAUGAAACACGUCCAUUAAAACCAGUGUAUCCAGUGAAAUUUUUUUUCGAUGAAAAUAAAUAUUUUAAUUUUGUAUUAAUUCAUGGUUGUAUGACAGCGAGUUAUAAUUUAUUAGUUCUAUUUUGUUGUGAUGCCAUGUUUGCUGUCACUGUUCAACACGCUUGUGGAUUAUUUUCAAUUAUCAGCUAUCGAGUGAAAAACGUGUCUCGCAUAUCUCGCUCAUCUUAUAUUCACAAUAAAAAGGAGAAUAAGCAUUAUUAUAAAGAUUUAUGUUAUUCAAUUCAGUAUCAUAAUUAUGCUAUUCGAUAUGCUACCACACUUGAGGCUUUUUAUUCUCAAUUUUUAUUUUUUUCAAAUGGUUGUAGCUUAAUUUUAAUAAGUGUUACAUUAAUGCAGACUUUAAAUUCAAUAGAUAAUACUGUGUAUAUUUUGAAAUAUGGAGCUUUUGCCGUGGCAAAUAUUUAUCAUGUCUAUGUUUUAGGAUUGCCAGCUCAAGAUUUAUUACAAUAUAGUAGUGAAAUUGGAUUUAAUAUGUACGAUUGUAAUUGGUAUGAAAUGCCGAUAGAAGCGCGAAAAUUAAUACCGAUGAUAAUUAUGCAAAGUAAUAGACCAUGUAAAUUAAGCAUUGGUCAAUUGGCAACAAUGAACAUGGAAACUGUAUCAAAAGUACUAAAAAUGGCGCUUUCAUAUUUUACAAUGUUAUCAUCAGUGCGUCAAUCAUCAAAAAUAUAAAAAAAAAAAAAAAGAAAAUGAAAUUUUUGCUAACAGCUAUCGAUUAUUGUUAAUAACAUUGAAAAUGAUUGGAAAUUGUGGUCAUCAUCGACACAUGAAUUAAAUAUACUUGAAAAACAUGCAAAAAUUGGAAGAAUUUAUACAAUUAUAUCGUUUG